AGGAAACAAGAGACAAAACUGGAAACAAUGAACCUUUAUUUUACCUCUACAAAAUGUCAAAAGGCUGACACAGACGUCAAUAUGCAAAUAAAAAGAGAGGUGGAAAAAUAUACAAAUAAGGAGGAAGAAAAAUAUGAAAAUUAGCUUAGAAGAGUACACAAAUGAUGUGAUGAUGAUUGAGGCAUGAAAGCAGAUAUAAUGAUCACACUGUUUGAAGCUGCAGACAGAAACAUCAGACUCAGGACAGAAACACACGACCUCUAAAAAAUGGAGCAAACUCUAUAUUUCAUUCUUCUUCUCAUUGCUCUCUGCUCCGUAUCUGAAUGUGUUCAGCGUCAGUAUCACUUUAUAAACGUGAGGAAGACCUGGACUGAAGCUCAGAGAUACUGCAGAGAGAAUUACACAGAUCUGGCCACCGUUGACAACAUGAACAACAUGAACGAGCUGAAGAAGAGUGUGAAUGAUGGACGUGUCUGGAUUGGGCUGCAGAAGACGAGUCAUAAUAAAUGGCAGUGGUCUUCAGGUGAUCCUGCGCUCUAUCUGAACUGGGCUCCUACACAACCUGAUAGCAGUGAGUGUGGUAUGAUGAAGAAUGGACAAAUGCAUGAUUUGCCAUGUGAUAACACCCGGGCUUUCAUCUGCAGUUCAUCUAACAACACGAACACAGGACUCGUCUUUGUUAAUGAGCAGAAAAAGUGGAGAGACGCUCAGAGUUACUGCAGACAGAAUCACAUUGAUCUGGUCAGUGUGAGGAACCAGAAUGAGAAUCAACAGGUUGAGAAGAUCAUUAGUGAUAAAAAUCACAGAUAUGAUUAUGUCUGGAUCGGUCUGUUCAGAGACUCAUGGCAGUGGUCAGAUCAGAGUAACUCCUCAUUCAGAUACUGGGCUCCUGGUGAACCUAAUAAUGCUGGAGGAAAUGAAAACUGUGCAGCGAUCGAACCGAACACUCAGGGACAAUGGAUAGACAUCUCUUGCAACAACCAGUUUCCUUUUGUGUGUCAUGAAGAUAAACUGAUUCUGAUCAAAGAGAAGCUGACGUGGUCUGAAGCUCUGAGAUACUGCAAACAGAAUCAUGUGGAUCUGGUCUCGGUUCAUUCAGAAGAGAUUCAGCGUCGUGUGAUGAAUGUGGCUAAACAGGUGUCUACUGAGGCGGUGUGGUUGGGUUUGCGUCACUCCUACAUUUUGGGCAUCUGGUACUGGGUGAGCGGAGACACCGUGUGCUAUCAGAACUGGGCUCCAGGGAAUGGCACAGCAGUGGAGAACUGUGAGUCUGCAGUGAGAUCUGGAGCAGUUCAGUCUGGAGGAGAUCAGCGCUGGAUCAGCCGUCCUGAAACUGACAGACUCAACUUCAUCUGCAGCAGAAAUGAAGAGUGAAGGAUUUUUUUUUUUUUCUUUCAGUUUUCAUCAUAUAAUGUGCUUAUAUCAAAGUACAAUGAAAUUUAAUUUCAAAUAAUUUUUGUAACUGAAGAGUAUCACAUGAGUCUUUUUAACAUCAGUGUAACUAUAUUUUAAAGAACAUGUGAACUCUAAUUGACUUUUAAUCUGUGGCUUUAAGUCACUUUACAUUUCAAAUUUACAGACGUUCUUUUGCAGAAAAGCAACUCAAAAAUAUCUUCAGCAAUUUAAAAGGGAAAAAAGUAAAGCACAAUUCACAUCAGUUGAUUUCAUGGGAUCUUGGGAUUCUGGUGGUGUGGAUACUUUCUUCUGCUCACUCCUGUUUUACACUAGUCAUAUCUUUACAAAUUACUUGUUUAAAAAAAAUGAUUGCGAACAUCUAUA